AUGCACAUUCAACUCUUGGCUACUACCUUUCUGUUGACAUAUGAUCAGCCUCUUCACUAUGCUGAUAUCACAGAGCGCUCCGCUAGGCUCAUCCUUGAUCUUCAUUCGCGUGGAGCUUCUCUCAAUAGCGUGGCCGGCCCUUCCUCUUUUGACCAUGAGACUAACGAUAAUGUUGAUGUUUCAGCUUCUCACGAUGGUAAAUUAGUAAACAUGCCAGUUAACACCUCUCCACUCAGUCUGCUGGCAUCCCAGACAUCAGCAGCUUAUCACUUGGUGCAGAGCUACGCCGGACUUGAGUUGCUACCCAUCCUUCCGAAUGCCUCUACAGAACAUUCAGUUACGAAUUUCCGUGAUAUUGGCGACAAACUGUACUCUGUUGCGGCGUCACCUCUACCUAUUAUGCCAGCCCCGAUACCUCUAUGUCUGGCUCGUUUAUUCGUCACUAGCCCGAUCUGGUGUUAUCCAGAUCUUCUUCUUUUCAGCAUGCCGGCCUCAUGCAAAGGUGAGGGUAUGCCUAGUCCCAGGAAGCGCGCCUUCCUUACUUGCGAGGAUGUCCUAUUCUUGAUCGGGCUAGCCAAUUUUGCUGGAGCUUGGACUGACCUGAUCAGGGCAAAAGCUGAGACGAAUCAGAAUGAAAAUGAAGAUCAGGAGCCUUUGCCGAUACGCCGAUUCUUUCGUGCAUAUUCCGCCAUAGUGCAGCAUCUUCUGCCUCAUAGGAGUCCUGCACAGCUUCGCAAGAGGCGCACCAAUUUGGUCAUCUCAACCGAACAAAUGCCUGCUUCCAUAGAGGAAAUGAUUUCGGCCGUCGAUAGCCCUAUCAGUCAGCCAUCCCGAAAUCGGCGGGCUCGAUAUGUUCGCCAGUUAUUGCGAUAUGCGCUAGUUGGUUUACCCGCCGAUAAGCGUCCCGAAACUUUGGCUCGACUGGCUGAGAAAGCAGCCCGUUUGACCUGGGUAUCCAGAGUAGAAGUGGCUCCCAUUGGCAAAGAGGCGUCUCUUAUCUUGCGACCACCGGCCUCCUGGACUAGCCUGCCUCGUUCUAGUGGACUCCCUGAGUUAUUGGCACAUAUAACUCGGCCACUCUCCUCGGCAGGUAUUAAUUCUGAUCAUCCAGAUUCCUACGAGCGCACUAUACUAUCUCGCCGCUCCUGGAACUUUCAUGAAUUGACUGAAGAUCGUCGCCGAUCCGACAGCUCUGAGCGUGGAGCUCGGUGGGCUCAAGAUUUCAUUGGCCCGACUAAUCGCUGUCUCUGGUGGCUGGCCCCACCGCCUGACCAAGCAGAGGCUGUUUGGACAACCAGCCCCGUACCCCCUGCUGAAUUUGCCUGCUCUAUAGACUCCAGUCCUUUGGUUCGUGUCAUUCAAUUGCUGUUUCAGUCUUCCUAUCCUGCUCCCACGAAAAUAGGUCAACCUUUUCCGCCGCCAUCAAGUAUUAGCGCCGAUCAUACUAGGGCUCCUACUGCUGUUUUUUCAACUUCCACGAAUGAUCCGAAUGAAAGCGCAGAUCUGUCCAGCAAGAAGGAAGCAGAAAUAGCUGAGACCUCAUCGGCUUUCGGGACCUUGUUUCCUUUGGAUGGUCCGAAUUUAUUGCCCUUCAUUCCUGUGGAAUUCACGUCAGAUGGGUAG